CUGAAAGCUAAAUCGGGUAGCAUUAGAGUUUGUUGUGUCUUUAAUAGAUAGCAAAAUUGUAAUUUUAUUCAGAAUUUGAUUGAUUAUUUAUUUAUUAAGUGUGUAAACUGUAAUUUAUGCGAAUGCAGUCAACAAUUAUUUUUUUCUACCUGUGUUGACUAAUUUUUCUUCAAAUUAUCUGUGUAAAUUGGUUGUUUUUAGUUUUCAAUUAGGUUUCUCUUUUUUCUCUCUCUUUCUCUCUAUCUAUCUCUUAUUUGUGUUUCACCAGCAUACCGGGUAACAUCAUCUCACUUUUUCUUCAUCUUUAUCAUCAUUACCUCCAACAUUAGUCUUCUAUUUUUCUUUCUCAACAUCAACAUCAUCGCCAUUGUUAUCAUCAUCAUACAGUUAAAUUUGUUUUUGCAGUGUAUUCUAACCUGAUGUUUGACCAACAGCCUACCGGGCAACAGCAAUGCCCGGUUAUCGAACCAACUGUAGAGAACAUUGAAAUGCUCAUCUAUGAGCUUUAUUAUUGUGGGGAGAGGAAUGUAUUCGCCAACAAACAGUUGACUUUGUUCCAAAACUCAAAGGAAUCAUGGGAUUUCUGUUGGUUACUUCUUUUACCCAAUAAACCUGUUGAGGUUCAACAUUUUGGUGCCUCUUGUGUACAUCAUAAAAUAGCCAAAUGCUGGCAAGAAUUGGAUAACAAUGAGGAAAUUAAAAUUGCACUUCGAACUAAAUUAUUGGAUACUCUUUGCAAAUAUAUGAUGGAUGGUAACCUACGUAUUGUGCAAACUAAAUUAUGCGUCGCCCUUUCAUCCUAUGUCAUUCGAACUAUCAACAAUUGCUGGCCUACGGCGGUCUGCGAUCUCAUUGAAAAUUUGCAUCCCGGAAAGUUGUCUCAUAUACCGGUUUCUAAAGUCAUUAAUACCCUUGUAGAGAUACUCACAGUGAUACCUGAAGAGUUCAACUCAACUAACAUGUCAUAUACUGAAAAACCCAUUAUUCGUCAAUUAUUUAUCCAAUCAAUUGAUCAUGUAUUCAGUGUGAUUAAAACGGUCAUGGAACAAGUAAGUCUGGGCGCUGAUGUUAAACACAUGGCAAUAAAAUGUUUCUCCAAUUGGUCCCAAAAUUUUGGUUCCCUCAUCUUAAGUGAUCUUCAUGAUACCAUUCUUAACCUUAUACUCAAUGAAAUUAGCAAUGAAGAGCUGUCAGUUUGCUGUGUUGAAGCUAUAACCAACAUUUAUUCUCAUCCUGAAAUGCAUCGGUACCCCAAUACGGUUCUCAAGCUGAUUGACAAGAUAAUACGAUUUGAAGAUCUUCUUAAUUCAAGUAUUAAAGAUCAAAACAUGUUCCUUUCAGGAACUCUGUACAACCUUUACAUCAGCAUUGGUGAGACCCAUUCCCGUCUCCUCUUGAAUACCAUCAUUGACCGUGAACAAUGUCGAGAAAAUAUCCUAAAACUGCUAAGAAUUAUCUUACAAUGUUCAGCUACUGCGGGCUAUUAUCCAAUCGAUGAAACUUGCAGUGAACAAGCAUUCAAUUUCUGGUACACUUUUCAAGAUGAUAUUAUUGGCAGUGAACAAGAAAAAAUUCCAGCCUUUCUAGCUCUAUUCAACCCACUCUAUCAUUCACUGAUUGAUACACUUCUGGUCAAAGUUCAAUAUCCUCCAGAUUCUGUUUAUUCAAAUGACUGGACCAGCGAGGAUAAAGAGAGUUUCCGGUGCUAUCGACAGGAUAUUGGUGACUGUCUCAUGUACUGUUACAAUAUGCUUCGAGUCUCUAUGUUAUCUUCUCUCAUGUCUCAUUUUACUUUAUCACUUAAUCACAUGAACCAAAGUUUGACCACUGGUUCAGAUAAACCUUGGCAAUAUUUGGAAGCUGUCAUGUUUGCGUUCAGCUCUAUUGCAGAGAACGUCGAUAUUACAGAAAGUGUUUAUAUUACUAAAUUAUUCGAGUCACUUAACCUGAUUCCUUUUAAUCAGCUCAAAUCUCCUCGUCUUAUUGCUACCAUAAUGGAAAUGUUUGGAUCAUACUGUGAGUGGAUCUAUAACCAUCCUGAAUUUCUUCCCGGUGUUCUCUCAUUACUUCUAAUGGGACUAAAGAGUGAUCAUAUUGCCAUCGUUACUUCGACCAUGGCUCUAAAAGAUAUUACUCGUGAAUGUCAACCACUUAUGGUACCUUAUGCUCAUCAAUUAUUGACUGCGUGUGAGGAAAGUUUACGACAAGAAUCUCCUUUGGCAUCUAAGGAACGAUCACGUUUAAUGUGUACCAUUGGUCAAGUUUUAACAGUCAUGCCUCAUGAUUAUGUUAUGAACUAUUUAAAUGUUAUUCUACCUCCGAUCCUUCAUAGUCUUCAAGAAUCUCUGGAUCCUAAAAUCUCAACCUGUAGUAAUCUACCUUCUGUUCGUAAUAUGGUCGUCGCCCAAAUUAACAUGUUGACAAUGCUCUUCGCUACUCUCGAUCCUGAUUUUAAACAAGUCGAGCCUGAACAAAAUGAGCAAAUCAAAGUCAGAUUUAAAGAAGAAAAAAGAGAAAUACAUCCCGGUUUUCCAGUUUUCAAAGAGAUUCUACCUCUACUUAAUGGAGUUGUAACUAAAUGGUCGGCUGAUGAAGCAGUUAUCGAUGCCGUCUCCGAUUGUUUUAAACGAUCCUUAGCAAAUCUUCUUGAUCACGUCAAACCUCUAGUUAUGGACAUAAUCUCUAUGAUCAACUCAGUCUACUCAAUUUCCUUUCAACCUUCUUUACUUGACAUUCUGAAACAAAUCAUGAUCCUAUUUGGUACUGAUAGUGACCUUCAACCUUACCUGAUUCCUUUCUAUGGUCAAAUUUGCAAUUUAACAGUUGCACAUUGUGCUGAUGUGAGACAGAAUAGUUCCUUAAUUGAAUACUUUUACUCAGUGGCAGGGUUAAUAAUGAAAAAAGUUUCAAUUGUUCAUAAAUCAAUGGACAUUGAUAGUUUAUCUAUGUUUCAAUGCGCAAUGGCUGCUCUGAUAGCUGCAGAGAAACCAACCGUUCGAGCUGUGACCAGCUUCAUUACAGAAUUUAUCAACAAAAGUCGGGACCAAGAGCAAUUACAACGAAUAAUCUUAUCAGAAGGUGAAUCAUUGGUGGGUCAAGUGUUGAACGUAAUUGGUGGUGAUUGUUCCCCUCGGAUAAAUGUCGAUCUUAUGUCGGACAUCUUAGUCGCUCUCAAUCAAAAAUAUCCAGAAUAUAUAACUCGUUGGCUAUCUGUAUAUGUAAAUAAGCAAGAUUUUCCAACAGCCAAAGCAUCAAUUGGAGCAAAAGAGCAGUUCGUCAAAUCAGUUCUUCGAGAGAAACGAAGUAAACGUAAAAUUAAGGAAAUUGUCAACGAAUUUUCGCUAAUCUGUCGUGGUCUAAUUGGAACUGAAUAUGCUCAGCAACAAAUUAAACUACCUUAUUGAGCUGAAUAAAGAAACCAAGAUGAAAAUCUUAGAUGCGAAUCCAUGGAUCCAAUAAAUAGACAAUGACUAUAACUAGACAUGGGUCAUGAUGAAUGCGCCGAUCAAGAGGGAAUAAAAUGUGUAAAAUUAUAGAUAUAAAUAUAUUACAUAUUUAUAUUUACACAAAUCUCGGUGUUUGAUAAUCGAAAGCUUAUUUCAACUGAUAUUUUUUUUAUUAUCAGUCGUGUUCAACUAGCAUAGAAGAUUAUUAUUUUACAUAUUUUGCACUUUUAAGAUACUGAAUUAUAUCGAGGCUAUCUUUAAAUACAAGGAAACAGGAAUUUUAUUAAAAUUUUGUGAUUUUCUUAUGUAUUUGAUAACAAUGAUUUAACCCUUGCAUUAUCGCAACAAAAGCUUACAAAAAAAACCAUUUGAACAAUUCAAUUUUUCAUUUUCGAUGUGUAAACUUUUUAAAACUACCUUCUCUUACCGGUGAAAUGAGUCUUAUACCCCUAAUCACUUUAGAUUUUCUUAUUAUUUAAUCACUUUUUGUUGAUCAAUUUACUUAGUUUUCUGUUUUGAUCAUUUUUUUGAUCGUAACUGUGGAGGUAUGAUUGUAAAUCAAACUCCCUUUCAAAUUCCUCCUCUUUCAUUAAAAUAUAAAUAUAAUUGUGA